CAAAAACGUUAUUCAAAAAUAAGUGCUAAAAGUCUGACCACAAAAACAGACCACAAAUGUCUUCGCGACUACUCAUUGGACGCCUCCUGAGGCCCGCCAUCGCAUCGCUGACCACCGCUAGCCGGCGGCCACUGCACUGUCCGACAGCUAUUCAACGGUUCCCAUCGUAUGGACCGCCCAAAGAGCCGGUGGUUCCCAAAGACAUCGAGUUUCGCGUUUUGAACUCAUUGGCCAAACACGACAAGAUUGACGCCAAUUCGCUGACGCUUAGCACUCAUCUGACGCAAGACUUAGGCCUGGAUUCGCUGGAUAUCGUGGAAUUGGUGGUCGAGUUGGAGGACGAGUUCGCUCUGGAGAUACCCGACGCGGACGCCGAGCGCCUGUUGACCGUCCAAUCGCUGGUCGAUUGGGUCGUACAGUAUCUCGAGGCCAAAGGGCACUACAAUCAGCGGCCGGGCAUUGAGUUCUUGGAGGGCAUGACUAGAGGUCGGCCCAUGAAUUGAUUGAUGUUUUGUGAAGCCAUGGAUUGUAUUGUAAAAUCUGAUGAAUAAAUUUAGUCGUGUUUAUAGUUAUAGUAAUUGCAAUA